AGCCAUGUCUCCUGGAAACAUUUGUGCUCAUUGUAGUGCUGGCAGAGCUUUACUCGUUAGCUGACAGCGGAACGACCCAGACAAUAUUUAUAUUCCAAUUCCCUUAAAGUUGUCUUUCAGUCCCUUGAGGAUGAGUAACAGCAGCCUGAGCAACAAUGGUGAUUCCCCAUCUCCAUCCAGCGUCCCAGGAGCCAUGGCAGCUUAUGGAAGCAGACACCUUCAUAAUAAUAGAAAUACAGCCUUCCGUUCUGUCUCUCCAACUAUCUCACUAACACGAGAAGAAACAGAGGCACAAGAGCACUUUAAACGUAAUAGAAUAUAUGUGGACCUUAUGGACGAUACUGUGGGAACCAAAAGUGGUAAGAGAAACAAGAAAAGAGAAGACGUAAAAAAGCACACCUACGAUCCUUUUUUUGUGGACAAUCCUAUUACACGAGACCAGAUGAAUCACUACCGAAUAAUUGCUGAAAAUUCUCACAGCGAACUGGCUGCUAUGUCUGUAAAAUAUGAAACUGCACAGUCAGAGCUGUUAGACCUUCGGACUAAGGUUUCCUCAAAAGAGAUGGCUUUACAAGAGCUUAAGGCUGAGGUGGAAAAUUACAGAGAAAACAACGCAAGACAGUCUGCAAUGAUCACAUCUCUAAGAGCAAGAGUUCAUGAGACAGAAGAAGAAACAGGUCUACUGGCUACCUCCAAGUCUAGGGCAGAAUUAACCAUUCAAGCAGUUUUUCAUGAAAACCGAGAACUGAAAGACAGAAUCCAAGAAAUGGAAUCAAGGCUAAAAAAUUUUGUGACUCAGUGGGAGGACAGUAAGUCUCAGGCUUCAAGAUACAGCAGGAAUUAUGGACAUUUCCUGGCACAACUGUCUGCUUGCUUGAAUGUAGACAUAAAAGGCCAGAAGGAUCCAGAGGAAGUGGUCAUUUCCAAGGCAGGUGAUAUUUUGAAAGAGAAUAUAGAAUUGAAGGGUAAUGUCGUCACUCAAAAGGAAACCAUCAACGUUCAUGAGACAGAAUCAAAAGCCAGCAGGGAAACCAUCAUGAAACUUGUUUCUGAAAUUAAUAAAGAGAAAAAAAAGAACGGUUCAUUUGUUCAACAAAUUGACACUCUCUGCAAGAAUUUGGAAAGUGUCAGUGAUACCAAGCAAGCUUUAGAAAAGGAGAUUGUAAUGCUGCAGGACAGGCUGAAGGCAUCACAGAGAGCCUGGGAGGCCUGCAAGCAAGAACUGAACCAGGUGAAGAAAAGUUCCACUGAGCUCGACGUGUCUCUGAAAAGCAGCAUUGGGGAGGCAAAGGCUGCCCAGAAUCUACUGGACUUAUUCAUGGAUGAGGUUGCAGCAGCUCUCAGCGAUGCUUCUAUUACUGUGAAGCCCAAAGAAGAAGCUAUUUUGGAGAGAAUACAUGAUUUACAGAGAAUGGUGGAAAGCAAAAAAAUUGUGGCCACACAGUUUGAAAGCAGAGCGAGCAAACUUAAUGACCAGCUACAGCACCAAUCAGAUCUGCACCAAGAGGCAUUUCUUAGAGCAAAGAAAGCAGAGCACCAUCUAGCAGAAUUGCGAUCACAUCUAAAAGUGACUGAAGGAGAACUUGUGUCUGGAGACGUCAUGCGUGACAAUCUCAGUUAUGAAAAGCAGAAGUACAUGAAGUUCUUGGAGCAGCUGUCUGAAAAGAUGAAACUGGACAGAAUAACUGCUGAUGUAGGUUUUGACAUGCGUCUGGAUGUCAUCCUUGCCCGAGCAGAUCAGUUGGUCAAACUGGAAUCAGAUGCUGUAGUUGAAAACAAGACACUUGCACAUGGUCUGCAAAGAAAGUUAAAAGCCCAGAAAGAAAAGUUUGAAAGCAAAGAACUUCAUAUGGAGCUACUGAGGAAAAAAAUUGCCCAGUUAGAAGAAGAAAAACAAGUCCGCACAGCUCUGGCAGUGGAGAGAGAUGAGGCCAACCUGACAGUCCGAACUUUGCAGAAGAAGGUGGAGAGGUUGCAAAAAGAAUUAGGUUCGGCUCAGCAAUCCGUCACUGAGCUCAAAUCCAGACUCGCAGACACUAAUGAGUUAAAGAUUAAAACACUGGAACAAUAUAAAACUAUUGAAAAGCUGAACAAAUCUGUGGAACAACUUGAGAAAGUUAAAGGCAAGACUGAAAAGAGGUUACUGUCUAUAAAAUCGGAGCUAGACUUUACAGAGCGAGAAGCAAAAGAGGAAAAAGAUAAAACCGGCAACUACGUAGAAGUGAUCACCAGUGAACUGAAGACACUUAAGAAGACCUUAGAAGAUAUUUCCAAGAGGGAAAAACAGCUAAUAGAUUUUCGGGAGGUGGUGUCUCAUUUGUUGGGACUGAAUGUAAAUGAUUUAGCACUACCAGAUUACGAGAUUAUCAAAAGGCUUGAAGGACUGGUCCAUUCUCAUCAUCAUCAUGUUUCCUGUGCAUGAGAAAAUAUUGAUAUCACGUGACAGAAAGAUAUAUUUUCUUAGUUCUAAUUUACCUUUUGUAGUGGAAAAUCUGAUUCAGUUUGCCAAAUUUAUUUCAAGAGAAUAUAUUUUUUUAUUGAGGAAAUUAGAGCAUCUUAAAUUUGAAUACUAUCUAGUAUUAAAUAAUGCCAACAUUUACUGUAUAUCAAGUUUUGUGCUUAGGUUUUAACUAUGAUAACAUAGAUUAGCUAAUCACCACAUGUAACUUAAAGACAGAUGCUCAUACAUUAAAUAUUUUUUUUAAUAAUGAAAGCAUGGUAAUAAAAAGUAAAGUCUAUUCAACUAAAAUUUUAAAUUUGUGUGGAAGGAGACUGCUUGAAUCACUAUUUGGAUAGCUUGGCUCUUUGGGUCAUUGCUGGUGUCUUCCUUUUACCUGUGUUUCCAUUUCAGAAUCUGGUGCAGCAGUGCAUGGUAGCCAAUUGGCUUCUAACUUCAGCUUGUUUAAUUAAGCUUUGACAAUG